AUGUUUCCAGCUUCAGUGGUGACGUACUCGCAGCUGAAGACCAUGUUGUCUGUCUGUGACAUUCAGCUGUUCGAUGUGAGGAAUCCUGACGAGUACCAGGCCGGACACAUCCCAGAUGCCAUCAACAUCCCAUUGGGAAACCUGGAAGAGUCCCUGAAGCUGUCCCCAGAGGGCUUUAAGGACACAUUUAAAGUGAAGGCUCCUGGGAAAGGUGACGACAACAUCAUAUUUCAUUGCAAAAGUGGGAAAAGGAGCGCCAAAGCACUGGACAUCAGCCGGCAGCUGGGAUUUAGCAGGGUGAGACACUAUGAAGGAGGCUACAGUGAGUGGGCCGAGAAGAAUGAAGAAAAGUGA